AUGGCCAACGGGGCGUGCAUAGGGUUGGAGCGCAAGUUGAGGAACCAAGGGUGUCGCACCCAGUUACUGAAGCAGUGGAAGAGAGUCGUGGAUGAAGUCUCGUACGACAUACAGCCCGGUAAACACCAUGAGGAGGAGGAGAAGAUGGGCCAUUUAGCCGCACCUCGCACCUGGUCGCAGCGCAGUCCCGAGCUCUUCCCCACCACGCUCCGCCCCAGCCAGCGUGCCCGCCCUCUCUGGGAUUACAACGCGGACGGUUCGGAACCACACAACCCGCCCUUAUCGUCCAGCAAGGACACCGUCGUCGUCGACGAGCCGAACGCAUACCGGCAGGUCCUCUUCCCCUCCCGCCGCGUCGAGCAGCUCGAUAGCGUCGCACCUGCGCGCGUCCCUCUGUCCACGCCCUUUGCUUCGCUCGCGUACGCCCUGCUGUUCCCUCAGUCAUAUGCGCCUCGGCACCCCGCGGAGAAGCUCAUAUGGCGGAACCCGCCGCUUGCGGUAUUGACUUCAAUGGUGCGGGCGCCGCGAUCCUUAGUGAUCUCCGAGUCGUCCAUGCCAUUUUCGGCCUCAUUCGCUGACGGGAUUUUGAAGGAAACGGAGAGCACAUUCGACGAGUAUAGUCGACCCCGGAGGACCGUGCGCACCGCUCAGCGCGGUUACCGUCUGGGCGCCACGAAUCCAAUGACCAAGUCGCUCCGCAAAGGUGCAACGCAGAAUGUCGCGCUCGGUCAGCCUCGUGGCUCCUGCUGCGGUAGGAGGCAUGGGCCCGCGCCCUCGACAUGUAUGGAGGACCGUCCCAGCCCUAGCUCAACACUGUCUAUACGCCAGAUGGAUAGGACAGACGGCGAUACCUUUUGA